CUGGUUACGGAUCCAUCCCCUCUCGCCAACACAAAGUUCAUUCUCGAUAGCACGAGUGUGGCGGGCCUUUUAGGUGGAGAAGAAGCGAUGUCCACAGUGGCAUUGGCCCAAAUUUACGAUAGAAGGAAAUGGCUGGGUUGGUAUAACACUCCAGGUGGGAAUGUC